AUGUCAGAAGCGCAAAAAGAACUGACGAGCAAGCUCGCAAUUCACUUGGGGCUGAGUGGACUGCGCUCUCAAGACGAGGUCAAAGAGGCAGCAGAGUCGCUAGUUCUCUUCCGGGGUCAGUACGCCAAGGCUGCAGGCCUGACGAUGGAGAGAGCGUUACCAGUGACACCGUUGAUAGCGAUGGGAUUUCAGGCCGUACCGCAUCGGUUUUUCGGCGAGUCCGUACUUGGGUUGAGAACGUGUUACGCCACUCUCGAUCAGGCGAAACACUGCGCUCUGGCUUCUACUAUCCAUUCAACAGUGACCUCUUAUCAGACAUUGAAGAUCACGAGACCAUCCGGAGACACUGGCGAGCACAUACCAGCUCCAUGGAUCUCCGCGAUGCGAGUGAUGAUUACGCAGACUUCUCGAACACACCAGCCCGUCGCUACUACUCAAAUCUCGGGAGCUAUGCUCAACCUAGUAACAGCAGCGGGCCGAGUAGACAACGCAGCGAUCUACAACAUCAUUAAGAUGCGCAGCGCAGUGACCGGGGUCUCGUUCGAGGAAGCAGCCCCAGCCAGGCUUUGUUUGAUGCGAAAAUCUUGGCCAGGUGGGUUGAUCUGCUCUCAGAUCCGAGAAUCAGCAAUUCCCAGAUACGAAGAUAUCGAAAUGGACUCGAUUUGUUCAGCCCACGAAGCCGACGAAAUUCAAGAGACCGAAGAUCGAGAUGGUAGUGACCACUUUAGACGAGUUCGUAGCCAUCAAAACCCAGGAUCGUCCGAUCACUGGGUGGUCCGGCGUUUCGAAUGCGACGUUCAAUGCCCUUGUGAGUGUCAUACCGAUCGCUGCAAACGAAUUGACGACAGUGCUUUUUGGCUGUACGUUAUGAGCUUUCUGGACACGAGGGUAUGGCAAGGGCUCUCAAAAUACAUCACCAUUGGGAGACUGAACAUGGGGCUGAUCGACCAGUCGAAAGCAAAGGAGCUCAAGUACACCGACGAGUCUCAGUUUGAUGUGGUUCUGGCCCCGUAUUCCGACACCGUGCUUAUUCCCGGGCCAAGAAAAAUCCUAAUUGUCAUCAUCGAUGCAUCAUCGAAAUCAGAUGCACAGAGUCCGGCUAUCUCAACACAAUCUUCUUUCAUGUUCGACACUCCAUCAGUCACUACCAACUGCAUCGCCGUCUGCCCCGGAGGGACCGUGAACUUCACGAUCAAAGGAUCGCUGGCUUUCGUCAACGAAAGGGCCAUCUCUUCAGAUGUCAGCAUCACGAACGUCCAAAGAGAAGUGGAAAGUGAUCUAUCCUUUGCGAAUGAUAUCUUUGUCACGUUUAAGGACACGAUUGUAACGGCUGCGAAAGGUGUAGCCUCUUUCUUCAGUUUUGAUGUGGUUCUGGCCCCGUAUUCCGACACCGUGCUUAUUCCCGGGCCAAGAAAAAUCCUAAUUGUCAUCAUCGAUGCAUCAUCGAAAUCAGAUGCACAGAGUCCGGCUAUCUCAACACAAUCUUCUUUCAUGUUCGACACUCCAUCAGUCACUACCAACUGCAUCGCCGUCUGCCCCGGAGGGACCGUGAACUUCACGAUCAAAGGAUCGCUGGCUUUCGUCAACGAAAGGGCCAUCUCUUCAGAUGUCAGCAUCACGAACGUCCAAAGAGAAGUGGAAAGUGAUCUAUCCUUUGCGAAUGAUAUCUUUGUCACGUUUAAGGACACGAUUGUAACGGCUGCGAAAGAUCAUUGUUGA